AGCCCCGCGUGCGCAGAAACCCCGCGGAGAAGCCGCCCGGCGCCGGCGGCACAGCGCGGGGGCGCCCGGCGGCCGCGGCAGGCAGGCAGGCAGCCGGCCGUGCGGUGCGGCGCGGUGCAGCGCCAUCGCCGCGGCCCCGGGCGGAGCGGAGCGGCGCGGCGCGGCGCGGCGAUGCGGGCGGCGGCGGGGCCCGGCGGGGCGCGGGCGGCGCUGUGGCCGCUGCUGGCGGCGGCGCUGGCGCUGGCGCUGGGGCCGGCGCCGGCGCGGCCGCACCCGCAGUGCCUGGACUUCAAGCCGCCGUUCCGGCCGCCGCGGCCGCUCGCCUUCUGCGGGCGCUACGCGGCCUUCGGCUGCUGCGACCCGCAGCGCGACGCGGCGCUGCUCCAGCGCUUCUACCGCCUCAGCGCCCGCCUCGACGGGCCCGCGUACGCCGCCUGCGCCGGGCACCUGCAGGACCUGCUCUGCCAGGAGUGCUCUCCCUAUGCAGCUCACUUGUACGACGCUGAGGAUCCCUCCACUCCUGUGCGGACGAUCCCAGGGCUUUGCCAAGACUACUGCAUGGAAGUCUGGCAAAAAUGCAGGUCCAUUUUCCGCUAUCUCUCUACGGACAAAGAGUUAAUCGCCCUGGAGCACAACGUGGCCAAGUUCUGCCGCUACCUCUCCUUGGAGGACGUAGACUACUGCUUUCCUCACCUCCUGGCUAACGAGAAUCUCAACCAAAACCUGGGGUUCGUGACCGCCGACGCUGAGGGCUGUCUCCAGCUCUGCCUGGUGGAGGUGGCCAACGGGCUGCGCAACCCUGUUGCGAUGGUGCACGCAAACGACGGCACCCAUCGCUUCUUCGUUGCUGAGCAGGUUGGCCUGGUGUGGACCUACCUCCCCGAUCGAUCGCGGCUUGAAAAGCCAUUUCUGAACGUCAGUAAAGCUGUGCUCACCUCACCUUGGGAAGGAGACGAGAGAGGUUUUCUAGGUAUUGUCUUCCAUCCUAAAUUCAAAUUUAAUGGUAAAGUGUAUGUCUACUAUUCAGUUGAAGUUCGUUAUGAAGAGAGAAUCCGAAUCAGUGAGUUCAGAAUUUCUCCUGAUGACAUGAAUACUUUGGACCAUGGUUCUGAAAGGAUAAUCCUGGAAGUGGAAGAACCAGCUUCCAAUCAUAACGGAGGAGAGCUGCUCUUUGGAGAUGAUGGUUAUCUCUAUAUAUUUACUGGAGAUGGAGGCAUGGCUGGGGAUCCUUUUGGGACCUUUGGAAAUGCCCAGAACAAAUCAGCGUUGCUGGGCAAAGUGCUGCGGAUCGAUGUGGACAACAACGACCGUGGGCCUCUUUACAGAAUCCCCCCGGACAACCCUUUUAUCGACGACCCGAAAGCUCGCCCUGAAGUCUACGCGUACGGCGUGAGAAACAUGUGGCGCUGCUCGUUCGAUCGGGGCGAGCCUCGCACAAAGGAAGGCAAAGGCCGUCUUUUCUGCGGAGAUGUAGGACAGAAUAAAUACGAAGAAAUCGACAUUGUAGAGAGAGGAAAAAAUUACGGCUGGAGGGCAAGGGAAGGAUUCAGCUGUUACGAUAAAAAACUUUGCGCCAAUUCUUCAAUAGAUGAUGUGCUUCCAAUUUAUGCUUAUCCACACAAAAUGGGCAAGUCGGUUACGGGAGGCUAUGUCUAUCGGGGUUGUGAGUCUCCAAACCUGAAUGGCCUGUACAUAUUUGGUGAUUUUAUGAGUGGACGCUUGAUGUCUUUGAAAGAGAACCAUGCUACCGGAGAGUGGCAGUACAGCGAGAUCUGCAUGGGCACAGGACAGACCUGCAUGUUCCCGGGGCUUAUCAAUAACUAUUACCAAUAUAUCAUCUCUUUUGCUGAAGAUGAAGCAGGGGAGCUUUACUUCAUGUCUACUGGCAUACCGAGUGCCACUGCUCCUGCUGGCGUGAUUUACAAAGUGGUGGACACCUCUAGGAGAGCACCACCAGGAAAAUGCCGAGUUGAGCCUUUGCCAGUGAAAGUAAAAAGCAAGCUCAUAAAGUUUGUGCCAAAGGAGAAGCUGAUCCUGAAAACGCCCACGCCGGAGGCCCCGCGGCCCCCCACCACCCCGGCGCCCAGGCCCCGGCCGGGCGGCGCCCGGAGAGGGCGGCGGAGGAAGAAGAAGAAGCCCGCCGGGCCGCCACGCAACGGCGCCGUGCGGCUGGCGGCUGAGCGGGGCCGGGAGCGGGGCCGGGGCCGGGAGCGGGGCCGGGUGGAGGUGUACGUGGACGGCGAGUGGGGCACGGUCUGCGACGAUGGCUGGGGCGCCGCCGCCGCCGCCGUGGUGUGCCGCCAGCUGGGCUUCCCCCGCGCCGUGCGGGCCAGCAAGAAAGCGGAGUUUGGCGCGGGGAGCGGGCUGCCCAUCCUGCUGGACGAGGUGCGCUGCUCCGGGCGGGAGCGCGGCCUGCUGGAGUGCACCCACGCCGGCCUGCGUGUGCAUGACUGCUCCCACGAGGAGGACGCGGGCGUGGUCUGCAGCCGCCGGGCCGAGGAGGAGGACGAGGGGGACUGGUGACGCGGAGCUGGGCGGGCACGCGCUCCCGCAGCACGGCCCUUUCCCCGCCGCCCCUCUGGACCAGUGUCCGAGGCCAACGCCUAAGCGCCCGCGCCCUUUUCUUGGCUUCAUCUGCCGCUUUCAUCUGCGCUGAAGUGAAAGAAAAAGUAGUGACUUGAGUACGUCUGUGAGCAGGGACGGGGUAUGUCUGUUUUUUUUUUAAACAGGAAGGAGAAGAACCCAAACAUCAUCAAUUAUCGAUUAAAAAAAGGAUGCCAUCCUCUUGCCCUGCCAUCUUUUUAAACAUAACGUUGCAUUUGCCCAGCCGUGCUUCACGUUUUGCUAAAAAAGAUAUGCCCGCGCGGCCUUGUUGCAGCCCUGCUUGUGCGAGUGCACACGCCGCUUCCCUCGCCCUGCCCCUGGUAGCCCUCGUGGGCACAUGGGCGUCAGCGCCUUCCCCUGCAGCGAACAAAAGCAGCAUUUUUGUGUUAGCGCUCUGUGCACUAGCGUAAAGGACAAGGAUGCUUUUGUAAUGCUUUACAUUGGUCUGAGCCCAUUGCUUGUCAAAGAUAACUGCAUCUAAAUAACAAUUAGAAAAAAUCUUAGCGGACUGCCUGGAAAGUAUUUCUAAAGAAAAUUGGACCUUUUGCACAUGAGCAGGACCGUAAUCCAUUUUAACCCUGAAAAUACCUUAUGCCUAUUUCUCUGCUUUCUCAGACGUCAUGUAGCCACACAUUUUUGCAUUCAGUUUUCAGAGGCGUGAAUGACUAGACAAGAUGUAAAGUAUUGGAGUAAAAAUCCUGCAAUACCCUUUUCAAAGGAGAUCUUAAAAAAACUCAUUUUGUCAGAAAUGUUUUUCACCUAAGUAAUAAUUGGAGACACGUUUCCCCCUUUUGUGAUCUCACUACCAUUGGCAGCAUUUUACCUGUUAGUUUUUCUGAUAGGCUAAAAAUAGUUUUUAUUGUACUGCUCACACAGAACAAGGGGCAAGACAAAGCAGAACAAAUGUAAAAUGAGUAGCGCAUCCAGCAGAGUUCAUAAGCAGGGCUGAGUUUCUCAAGCUCUUAAUUUGGGUGUUUAUUUUAAUUCCCCAAUUUCAAGUUGACAGUGUUCUCUUAAACGCAAAACAUUGAUGCGUAUGGUAAAUAAAUUUGUUUUAGAUAGUU